AUGCCUGCACGUAAGCGCGGCAGCGCCGUUGCCAAUGGCACCGACAACGCUGAGCCCGUCGCGAAGCGGCGCUCAUCGCGACAGGCCGCGGCAGCAACCGCGUCAAAAGGCGCAGCAGAGGCGGAUCCCGCCGUGAAUCUGGACACGACACGGUCUGCAGACCCAGCGCCGACCAACCCUCCAAAAAAGGCCGCAGCCAAGGUGUCGUUGUCCUCGCAAGCAAAAGCUGGCGGAAAGGAGUCGGCGACCACUGAGGACGCCAAGCUGAAGCCGCCCAAGGUCUCCAAGCAGGCUGCCUCUUCUGCUGCCGCGAAACCUGACAAGAAGGGGAGCAAAAAGACAAAGGCCGCCAAGCAUAAUGAGGAAAAGGGCGCCGGCCGAGCAGGCUCGGAGGAUCCCGACGUGGACUCGAUACCGGCCGUGAACCCAGACGCGCCGAAGCACGAGGGCGAGUGGUACUGGUUGCUGAAGGCAGAGCCGGAGACACGCAUGGAAAAUGGCCAUGAUGUGAGGUUCUCGAUAGAUGACCUGAGGGCCAAGACGAAGCCCGAGGGAUGGGAUGGCAUCCGCGCAUAUCCUGGUAUGAAAGAUGAUUCGUCUUCGCGAAACAACAUGAGAAACAUGAACGUCGGCGACAAGGCCUUCUUUUACCACUCCAAUUGCAAGGAGCCUGGCAUUGUCGGCAUCAUGGAGAUUGUCAAGGAAUUCUCCGAGGACAAGAGCGCCAGACGCCCCGGCACGCCGUACUACGACCCCUCCUCGACCAAGGACAAGCCCAAGUGGGAUCUGGUGCAUGUCGAGUUUCGCAAAAAGUUUGCCGUGCCCAUCUACCUCAAGGAGCUGCGCACCAUGGGCGCGGCCGGCGGUCCGCUGCAGGAGAUGCAGAUGCUCAAGCUCGGACGGCUCAGCGUGAGCAAGGUGAGCGCGGGGGAGUGGAAGACGCUGUGCGAGCUCGCCGACAAAAAGGCCAAGGAGGCGGGUUUGGAGCAUGAGGAAUAA